AUGGAUUCCGCUGCUACUUCUUCCUCUUCGAGUUCGCCAUCUCCUCUGGAUUACAUCGUCUUACUGAUACUCCGUCCAAUUGCCGCCAUCUCUUUCGUGUUCGUGUUCAUAGCUCUCGGUUGGCUGUUAGCUUGGAAGCUGGUGCUGGUUCACGUCCCGCUGGUUCAAGAGAUUUUCGGUCUUCGUAAGAAACCUGCUAAGUUCAAACCCCAGACUCGACGAUUGUCAAAAUACUACAACAGCAUCAACGCCCGUAAUUCUUCUGUUGUUGGUCCCGGAAGUGUGGCUCUGUAAUUGCAAUGGUGAAAAGGGCUUUUGUCAUUGGGCAUGUUGGUUAGCUACUAAGGUAUUGUUUGAGGCUGCUGCUCAAGUGAAAGGAAAUUUGGGUUAUUAGAUGGUUAUCCCAAGCGAUCCCUGGUGUAAUGAGACUCUUACAAUUGCUCAAGUGACAAGUAUCGAAUGCCAGUUGAUCUCAUUUAUGGGAAUGAUCUUGGGGGUACAAUCAUAAGUUGAUCUCGUUUGUGGGAUUGAUCUCGAAUCAUUCUUUUGGAAAGAGUGUGGCUUUUACUGGGAAAAGAAUGUUGUAUGAUGCACAGUGUGCUGUUCUUGGCAGACCUUUCUUCUGUUGUUCUUAUCUUCUGUUGCUUUUGAUGUUUCUCUUGGCAUUAGUUUCUUAUUGUUCAACUCAGAAAAUUUAACACUUCCAUUGAGAAUUCUACAAAAUCGAAAAGGGAAGUCAUGUUGUUUACAAAUGAGCAAUGUUGCAGCUUUUUACUUGGAAGGUUUCUUCGCC